CCUGUGGUCAUAGACUGAGUCAGUCUUAGGUAAGUUGGCCAGGGGGGACGUCUAAGUGGUGAGGAGCGGAACCGUCACUUGGUUGUGCGUCUGUCACCAUGGUAGACAUGCGUACAGGAACGAGCGCCUCCCCUUAUACAGCAGAGCAGGAUGCGAAGGUCAUUGCCAUCCUGAAAGAGAGAAGAGAGAAGGAGGCCAAGAAGAAGGCCUUGAUAGAAGAACAGGCGGCGAAGUUGAAGAAGAUUGAGGAGGAGAUGGCCAGAGAAAAAGAGAGGUUAAAGAAAGAAGACGAAGAGAAGUUCAAGGCAGUAGAAGAGGAGGAAGAGGUAGAAGAACCGCCACUGGAAAGGCGAAGGACAGGAGGGAGAGGAGAAUCCAGUGGAAGAAAGGAAGAUCAGAUGGAGAAGAAGAUUACGGAGUGGGUUGCUGGUUUAUCCCUGGGAGAAGAGGAGGCAUUAAUGUAUGUGCCCAGGGAAGAACAAGAGGCGGUCAUGAGAGAGUGGGAUGCAGAAGAAGACCCACUCAAGCGGCAGGCUAUAGAAGAUGAGAAGAGGAUGGAGUGGAAGUUCCGACGGACGAGGGAGAAGAAAAGGAGAAUGGAGGCGGCGAGCCAGGCGGCGAAAGAAUUGGAGGAGGUAAAGAAGCAAAGAGCGCAGAUGGCGACGCAGGUGGACGUAUUGGGGAAGAUGGAGAUCAUGGCGAGAAACAUAGAGCGCGUGGCCCAGGUCCAGGAAGAGCAAUAUCUGUUUGGUAGAGGUCAAGACAUUGCCUUGCGCUCUAUACGGCUGGGACCCAGGGACUUUGCAAGGGAAUUAGCGACGCAGGUGGGCUCAGAGGUGAAGGCCCGCCUAGAGGGCACGGAGCGUUAUUGCACGGGUGCCAUAGAAGGCGCCAAAUUGAUUGCCCCCAAGGAGGAGGAAGCACGUCCCCGAAGGGAGCCUGUCAAGGUCAAGUUCCCUAACUCCUAUAGCGGGAAGAAAGAGGAGAAUUUUGACAAUUGGGAAGCCAAUGUCAAAACCUACGUACAUCUGCAAAAGGUCUCCCCGGACGAGCAUGUCCUUAUAGCCGUCCAUGCCCUCCGAGACGAAGCAGCGAGCUUCGCCCGUUCGUUGUGUCGCGCCACCAACUGUGAUGAUGAUUUAGUCGCUUAUUCCACGUUCACUCCCCUCACUGACUUCCUUAAAUUAUUGCGUGAACGAUUCGCAAAUGUCUCUCGCAGUGUCAAAGCCUCCGAUAGAUUGCAAACCAUCCACUCUCGUCAAUGGAGGAGUGCUAGAACACUCAAGGGUGUGAUGGACGAGUUAGUCACCGUCCCGGACCGUGGGGUCAUUGAGACCCAACUGGUCAACCUCUUCUAUCGUGCAAUGCCCGAAAAGCUGCGCGGGCAUUUCUUUGAGAAGAGUCAACAGCCUACCAAGACCUAUGACGCUUUGAGCAGGGAAGUGGUAGCCUUUGAAGCGCGGUCCAUGUCAAUUUCCACUUUUUGGCAUAAGGACCUAGACAAGGGCAAAAAGUGGAAAGGUCACACCAUCUCAGGACAGGUCAAGACCAAGGAUAGCUUGAUCCUUACUUUAGAUGAGGGUGGUGUAAACGAAGUCCCCUACGAGCAGAUUGAGUGGGGGCUUGAGGAAGAGGACAGUAGCGUUAGUCAGGGGAGGACCUACGCUGCUGUCGCGGCUGGAGGGAGGCCGCAAGGAGGAGGUAGAGGCCAGGGCCAAGGGGGCCGGGCCUCAGGGGGUCGUUCCGAGAGCGAUCAGGGGGUUGGAGGUAGAGGAGGAAACCGCCAAGUGGGAGGAAGGGGUCAAGGUCCCCCGCAAAACCGUUCGGGGAAUGGGUCGCCUAAUAGAGGGAAUAGGUCACCAAAUAGGGGAAAUAGGGCACCCUCUUGGAGAGGCGGUUGGUACCCAGGGCUGCCACAGGGUCGGCCUUGGGAAGACUUGGGCUUGGACCAGCGCUUAUGGCAACAACGUGUGGAUUAGGGGCAGUGCAUAUAUUGUGGUGACCCUGGCGACAUCAUUAAAUACUGUCCAAAGUAUAGAGAGGCCCAUUCGGCUGCCCAUGGGUCAAAAGGCAGCCGUCGGUAGGGGUAGCAGCUGCCCCUACCACAAGGCCAUGUGAGGAAGUUGAGAGCGAGCCGGCAAGAAAUUCCCACACCACAUGUGUCGAUGGCAGAGGUUGCAGGCCGGUGCCUAGAUAGCUGUCCAGAGACUGUUUGUGUCAGAGUCUCUCUAGGCACUUCCCUCACAGGCGUGGGCGACGAGUUAAAGGAGAGAAUGCCCGCUUGGGCCAAGAUGAAGAAGGAGAGUAGGGGACAGCUAGUUUUAGUAGACGUAGAGAUUUUCAUAGGUAGAGUAGGGGCCCUAGUAGAUAAUGGGGCCACGCGCAGCUAUAUUAGUAGAAAGGCGCUGCAGAAGUUGAAGUUGGGGCUAAAAGUCCAGAAGUUAACAAACCCCAUAGUGAGUA